AAACCAGUCAGAAAAAUAAAACCUACACUUCUAUUAAGUAUUGAAAAUAAAUAUAGAGAAUUUGUAUCAAAUUUUUUGGAUUAUAAUUAUAGCAGAUUUUCAGGAAAGUUAAGUCAUAAUAGAACAUGGAAAGAAUCUGAAGAUAAAAUUCUAUCUGUCAUAAAUAAAAUUUUUAAUACUAUGAAAGACAUUUGGAAUAAUUUGGCUCUUAACUUUGAAGUAGCUGGAAUAUUAAAUGAGAGAACUUAUCAAUCUACCAUUAUUGUACCAUUUAUUCGAGCU